UGCAUGUCUUCAUUUUUCUUCCAUUUUCGCGACUGAAUCUGAGAUUUACAUUGUUCAUGUUGAGUUACCUGAUGGCUUGACUUCAAGAGAUUCACAUUAUCAGUCAUUUAUGAGUUCUGCAGUGGAAACAUCAACUGAUUCCUCCAACAUAAUCUACUCUUAUCAGCAUGUUAUUAGUGGUUUUGCUGCUAAAUUAUCCCCUGAUGCAGUGAAAGCCAUGGAGAAGAUGGAUGGUUUCGUGCACGCGCGGCCCCAGAGAGUGUAUAACCUGCACACAACCCACACUCCAAAUUUCUUGGGGCUGCACUUGAAUUCAGGGUUCUGGAACAGCUCCAACUAUGGCGAAGGUGUGAUCAUUGGGUUGCUGGACGGGGGAAUUUUCCCGGAACACCCCUCGUUUAGUGACUACGGGAUGCCCCCUCCCCCGGCUAAGUGGAAGGGGACAUGUGACAGUUUUAAUUGUAACAACAAGCUCAUUGGAGGGAAGGGGUUUUUGAGUGGAAAUCAAUCGACUUCGUUCGAUAACGUUAAUGGACACGGGACACACACGUCCAGCACGGCGGGUGGGAAUUUCGUGGACAGUGCUAAUGUCUAUGGAAGCGAUAAUGGCACGGCCACGGGAAUCGCGCCACGGGCCCACUUGGCUAUGUAUAAGGUCUGUGGUGUAGGGGGUGGGUGUUCUGAAAUUGACAUUUUGGCGGGUAUGGACGCGGCUAUUGAAGAUGGUGUGGAUGUUCUUUCCAUUUCCCUGGGUGGAUUUUCAGGGCCUUUCUAUGAUGAUAAUAUAGCCCUGGGCGCAUAUAGUGCUAUGGAGAAGGGGAUUUUUGUUAGCUGCUCUGCUGCGAAUGCAGGCCCGGAGCAUUUCACAUUGUCGAAUGAAGCGCCCUGGAUUCUCACGGUGGGAGCCGCCACGGUUGAUAGAAAUGUGGUGGCAACGGCACGUCUUGGAAACGGGGACGAAGUAGAUGGGCAAUCAGCUUAUCAGCCUGAUGAUUUUUCUCAGGAAUUGCUUCCACUUGUGUAUCCUGGGAUGAACGCCAGUGAUUUUAAUGCGAAAUAUUGCGGCAAUUCUUCACUGGACAACUAUGAUGUGAAAGGGAAAGUUGUGGUGUGUGAUAUGGGCGGUCCAGUGCCAACAAUUCUAAAGGGAGCGGUUGUAAAGGAAGCCGGCGGGGCUGCCAUGAUUCUUGUGAACCAGGACUACAUGGGUUACACCACAUUUGCACUAGCUAAUGUGCUCCCUGCCACACACCUUAGCUUUGCCGAUGGAGAAAAGGUGAAAUCUUACCUAAACUCAACCGCAAACCCCACUGCAACAAUCGUGUUCAAGGGAACUGUAAUCGGUGACCCUCACGCCCCGGCGGUUUCCUUCUUUUCGUCCCGGGGGCCGAGCGUCGCCAGCCCGGGGAUUCUGAAACCCGACAUUAUAGGUCCAGGUGUCAGCAUUAUUGCGGCCUGGCCAUUUUCUGUGGAAAACAGGACCGACUCGAAACCAACUUUCAACAUCAUUUCAGGUACCUCAAUGUCGUGCCCGCACCUAUCCGGUGUUGCGGCUUUGCUCAAGAGUGCGCACCCGGAUUGGUCUCCUGCUGCAAUCAAGUCAGCAAUCAUCACUACCUCCGACACUACUAACCUCGGGAACAACAAAAUCGAAGACGAAAGGGGCCUCCCGGCUGACAUCUUUACAGUUGGAGCUGGCCAGGUUAAUCCAUCACGAGCUAACGAUCCAGGGCUAGUUUAUGAUGUCGCACCUGAAGACUACGUGCCUUACUUGUGCGGAUUAGGGUACACAGACAAACAAGUUAGCCUCAUUUUGCGACGUAAUGUGACCUGUUCAACAUCCAUCCAGGAAGCGGAGCUAAACUACCCUUCCUUUUCCCUAAACUUUGUGAAUACUACAUCAACAUCUGGAUCACAGACGUACACUAGAACCGUGACGAAUGUUGGCGAGGCUAGUUCGUCAUACACCGUUGAAAUUCUCCCACCGGAUGGCGUUAGUGUUACCGUGGAGCCUUCCACGUUGAGCUUCUCCGAGCUAAACCAAAAGGCAUCGUAUCAAGUGACAUUCUCCCGUUCAGCUUCCCCCACAAAUGCAACGGUUGUUCAAGGAUAUCUGAAAUGGUCGUCUUCUAGUUAUGUUGUCAGGAGUCCAAUUGCUGCACUUCUGAACAAUCUUGAAGUUUGAGAUGUUUAAGAGGUUUUUCAAUUAUAUUCCAUUGGCGUCAUAGUGGAGAUGGGAGACCAGCCAUGUCACAGUAGCGUUACCUUCUUUAUUUCUUGCUUUUAAAGGAUUUGUAAACG